CGGAUGUUUGUUUCUCGAAGAAUGAGGAGGAAGAAGCAAGGCGUCGUCGAGGGCGAAGGGGCGUGGGCGAGGAUUCUGCUGCUCGUCGCAUUAGCUCCUGUUAUCUGCUCCGCCGGAAUCCUGGACCCUUGGCAAUGGGCGCGUAGCGAUCGAAUCGAGGUCAACAUACCUUGGCUGCCGUUCGAGAACGAGACGAGGUGCUACGACGAGCUGGGCUGUCUUAAUAUAACCAGGAGCUGGUAUCACCUCAUCCACAGGCCAUUAAACGUCUUCCCUCUGCCAAGGGAAGUGAUCAACACGAGAUUCAUAUUGUACACAAAAGAAAAUCCCACCGAAGGUCAGGUGUUGAUAGUAGCUAAAGACAAGUCGAUCAAGCGAUCAUACUUUAGUCCUAAGAGGAAAACGAAGUUCAUUAUUCACGGUUUCAUAGACACACCCCUCAGCAAUUGGGUGAAGGAAAUGAGGAACGAGCUGCUGAAGCACGACGAUUAUAACGUGAUCAUAGUCGACUGGGCUGGGGGCAGUCUGCCACUGUACACUCAGGCCACUGCGAACACUCGACUGGUGGGCCUCGAAAUAGCUCAUCUGAUCAAACACCUGCAGAACAAUUACGGAUUGGACACCAACGACGUCCACCUGAUCGGUCACAGCUUGGGUGCUCAUACGGCCGGAUAUGCAGGUGAAAAGUUGAACGGGAACAUCGGCAGGAUCACAGGACUGGAUCCAGCUGAGCCUUAUUUCCAGGGAAUGCCCAGCCACCUCAGACUGGACUACACCGACGCGAAACUGGUCGAUGUCAUUCACACAGAUGGCAAAAGCAUAUUCCUAUUAGGGCUUCCAGGAUACGGGAUGAGUCAGCCAUGCGGUCACCUGGAUUUCUACCCUAACAACGGGAAGGAACAACCGGGCUGCACAGAUUUAAGUGAAACUACCCCAUCCUUACCGCUGACUUUGAUCAGAGAGGGCCUGGAGGAGGCUUCCAGAGUUCUGGUAGCUUGCAACCACGUGCGUGCCAUAAAAUUGUUCAUCGAGAGCAUAAACUCCAGGUGCCAGUACGUAGCCCACGAGUGCUCCAAUUAUGCCAGCUUUCUCAGGGGCGAGUGUUUCUCAUGCAAAAGUAAUAAUAGUCUCAGUUGUGGUGUGAUGGGCUACCACGCUGACUCCAGUCCAGCUGUGGUCAGAAGACAGGCCAUGGGCCAAGACGUUCUGUCCCUGGUGGGCUCCAAGUUCUUUUUCACCACUGGCAAAGACGAUCCUUAUUGCAGAAGGCAUUAUAGGAUCACUAUAAAUCUUGCCCGGCCGCCGACUGCCGAGAGCUGGGUUCAAGGCUUCAUGAAAGUGACGUUCCACGCAGAAAACGGUAUAAUUCGCGACGUGGACCUCACUCCCAGCGGUUACAUGAAACUGGAACACGGGUCUACUGUGAGGAUGGUCGUGGCACAUCCCGCGGGCGCUACAGGAGAAAUCGGGAAGAUCCGACGCGUCGAACUCUCCUGGACUUACGACAUGGACGUUUUACAGCCGAGGUCCCUCUGCUUCUUCUGGUGCAACGAUCGACUUUACGUUAACAGCGUCACCGUCGACGUCAUGGAGCUUCCAGGAAGAGGAAAAAGGGAUACCGACUUUACUAGCAAGUUGUGUUCAGCGAGCAGGCAAGAAUACGCGGAGAUCGCCAGUGGUUCCACCGCGUCUUUCAUCGACAAUUGCUGACGGUACCUCCUGAUACCUAGAAAACGUGUGAUAGUCGUGAGCGGUGUCUCGUUCCUGUGAAAAGUGCCGAGCAAUUGAACUAAACAGUCGAUUGAACGAUUGAGUCGAGUGAACAAGCAGGCUUCGUUUGGGCAAAAGAUUUAUUUAAAAAAAAAAAAAAAGAAAACAAUCGCAUCCUCUGCUUAAUGUAACGCACAGUGGCAACUGAAAAGAGAACGAGGUGCAAAAAAAUAUAUAAACGGCACAUAUAUACUUAUAUCUGACGAAAGAAAAUGAAAAUGCGUCCGCGUUUAUCACAAACAGGAUUGAAAGUUACAAAUUUUCAAGCAUCGCGUGCAAUCCUCCCCUAGGAAGAAACGCGUUAAUGUAUUAUAUAUGUAAAAAAAAAAAAAGAAUGGUGACGCGUCAGCAGUAUUAAUUGAAACCGUCAAUUAAUUAAACUUUGUACAUCUUGUAUAUAUAUAUAUAUAUAAUAUAAAAUUGGGUAGACGUAGUUAACUAGAUUUUAUUAUAAUGCCUAGUGUUAGUAUAAAAAGCGAGUGUUCUUCUCUUGCUAACGCAAAAUAAACUUUUGGUUCAAGUCU